AUGGCGCUACACAAGACUCAGCAGCUAAAAGCAUGUGAUUUGUGCAGGAUUAUCGUCAAGGAUACUGCUAUGAACGAGGGGACCUUGAAGUAUGUCUCAGCGGUCAUCAAGCCAGCAAAGUUGGACCAUCGUGGCAAUAUUUUAUCGUCUUCCAUUAUGUGCCACGACACACGGGGGCAGAUUUGGAUGGAUGAACGGGAGCAGAAGCAGCUCAGUGUAAUCAUGGAUGGCCAUGUCAAAGACGAUUCCAUGGUACAACAGCGGAACUACAGGUAUGCGAGAAUGCUUUGGGAGUUUUGGAAAAGAGACUCUGAACUCUUUCCUCCUGAGGCCCGAGUGUUUUUGUUUUUGUUGCUUGUGUUUUUGCCUUUCCCCACUGGUUUUGCCCACCAACCGGUGUUGCCCGACUGUUAA